AUGGAAUUGGAAGUGGCAGCACUUGAGCGGCGCGUGGCUGCGUUGCAGGCUCGGCUAGGGUUCGUCGCAUCAGAUGAUCGAAAUGUUCCCAUGCAGACCCGACUGCAAGCUCUAUCGGAGAACCUGUCACGCCUUGAGAGCAGUGUCGAUCCGCCUCAUGUCCCAAGCCUACAUGCUGCGUAUCAAAGGCAAGAAAAACUGCUCCAACCCGAGUUUCUUGAAGCAUUGAGCGAACAUGGUCGUGGUGCAUCACAGCAAUGGAAGAAAGCGAUAGUGCUGUCGUCCGAGGAGUCGGUGGCGAAGUUGGCAGUCCAAGCCAAACGCCUCCAAGAAUUGGACGCCUCCGUCCUCAACUCGACAUUUCCAAGUCUCUCGCAAGAAGCUCAAUCGGCUCUCAACCGUGUCGAGACGCAGAACCUCCUCGUGACACGCCAGGUCAUCGUGCAGCAUCAAGCGGUUGAGUCGCUCCUGACGCAGUACGCAUCAAUUGUCCAUGGCAUGUCUAAGAAAUUUCAGCUGUACGACGCCUAUGUUCGCCAACUUGAGGAGAAGGCGGCAGUGGCACACACUUAACCUAAUGGAAGAAAUCGCUCCAUUCGUCAUCGCA